AUGACCCGGAGUUCGAGGCACAAAUCCCAUAAACAAAGCAAAGACAGUUCGAAGGAUUAUUCGGAUUCUGAAGAGGAUGUAAAGUUGAAGGAGAAAAGUAGCAGAGAUGAGAAUCCUGCCAGGGAUUAUCGGGGUUCAACCUCUGGCGAGAAGCGGAAAAUAUCAUCUGUGUUGAGAGAAGGGAAUGAUGGUAAAGAUCUGAGGAAUGGUGAAGCAUCAGAGGAUUAUGUUUUGUCAAAACUAAGAAAAGAGAAGGCUGACGUUGGCAAGGCGAGAGCUGAUGUAAGUGUGGGUGUUGGUGAUGAUAGGUGGAGGAGUUAUGGUGAGGAUAAAGGAGGUACUGAUAGAAAUAUUAAAAAGGAAUUAAAUAAAAGGGAAAGUUCGAAAAUUGACUCAAAACUGAAGGAAAGUAACAGCAAAGGAGAAACAUUAAGAAUUGAGUCAAAGAUUAAAAGAAAAAGGUAUGAGAUUGGGAGUGGAGGUGAGAUUAAGGAGGAUAAUAUAGCAUCAUUGUCGGUGGAGAAAGAGGAGAGUGAACGGAAAGGAGAGUCAAAAAGGGAUAAUAUAGCAUCAUUGGCGGUGGAGAAAGAGGAGAGUGUACGGAAAGGAGAGUCAAAAAGGAAGUCUGAGAAGGAUUCUUCAGGGCGGAAGGAAGGGAAGGAAUCCAAGGAUAAGGGUCGUGGGUCGGAGAAGGAGAAGAGGGUUAGUGAGGAGAGUAUGCGUGGGGAUGCUGAGGUGAAAUCCAUGGGGGUGUUUGGGCAGAAGCAAGGGUCACAGUUAGGAGAUUUUAGCGAGGAGACAAAGACUAAACUUGAUCGAGAAAAUACUGAAUGUCCUUUACAAGAUGAGUUGCGGAAUCCCGGGUUGGAGAAGGAACUCGAGAAAAGGAUACGAAGGAGAAAAGAAGGUUCCAAUGUUAGAGAUAAACAUUAUGAUGAUUUUAAAGAAAUUGAUGAGAGGCUCUUGUUAUCAAGAGGUGAUCCUGCGAAAGAUGUGAAAUACAGAGAAGAUAGGCACAAGGAUGGAGGUAACAAGGACAAGUAUCAGAAAGAUGGCCAAAAAGAUGGUAAGCACAGGGACGACAAGUACCGGGACGAUGCCGACAAAUACAGUAAAUUUCGGGAUGGUAAGUAUCGGGAAGAUGGUGAUAGAGAUGCCAGACAUAGAGAUGAGAGACGUCGAGAGGAUGGCAAUAGAGACAGCAGACAUGGGGAUGAAAAUUUUCGGGACGAUGGAGGGAAAGAUAACAAGCAGAAAGAUGAUGAGUAUUGGGAAGGCACUGCAAGAGACAUUCAGAACAAGGAUGAUAAGUAUGCGGAAGAUGGCGAAAGGGGUAAUAGACGUAGAGAUGAUCGAUACCAUGGAGAUAUUGACAAAUAUGGUAGGCGCAAUGAUGAAAGGUAUCACGAAGAUGGUGACAAAGAUGACAGACAAAGGGGUGAUUAUAGAGAAGAUGGUGAUAGAGAUGGUAGAUACAAGGAAGAUAAGCAUCGGGAAGAUAUUGAAAGAGACUGUCGGCAUAAGGAUAGCAAGCGAGGAGAUGAUUUUGGUAGAGUGGAUAGACUGAGAGAGGCUAAGUAUAGGGAUGAACAUGCCUCAAGAGACUUCUCUGCUGACAAGUCUGAACCCAAGCACUCUAGGGAUGAUGGUUAUGGAGAAAAUCGUCGCUCCAGGAAAUUAAAAGCAUAUGAUUAUAGUCCAAAACUGGGUGAUCAAACUGCGAGGUAUAAAGAUGAUCAGGGUAGGAGAAAAACCAAGGACAAAGCGGAUUACGAUGAUAAUAGAUCCCAAAUUACCAAGGUUAAAGACCUUGAAUCAGAGAAAAAAUCUGCCAGCGGUGUGAGAAUGGGCGUGGUUACUGAGAGAGAAAGGUCAAUAUCUAAGAAUGCUGAUGUAGAACUUACUUCUAAUCAUAUCAGACGGCACAGUUCUCCUAGCUCAAGUUCUCAUGGUACAAGGGAUCCCAACAGGCUCCCAAAACAAGAAGACUCCAAGUAUUAUGCUUAUGAAGAGAGAGUUCGGUACAGCAGAGAUUAUUCUAGUGCUGCAGGAGGAGCUUCUAGGACAACCCCAUCUAGAUCGAUGGAUAAACUUGAUAUUAAAGAAGACAGCCAGUUGGGAGAAUUGUCAGCCGAAAGGCGUCUGAAAUCAGACAUUCGCUCGUCUCCCUUGCAGCUAGUGGAUAAAUCCUCAGCAUCAAGCACUGAUUGGAGAUUCUUCGCUAGAUCUGAUGUAAGGCAGAGUCUUGAUGUUGAAGAAUCAGCAAAGCGGAGUGGUGCUCUGCUAGAUGCAAAGGGGUACUCUGGUAAAGAAGGCAGGGGAAGACGUGAGUUAGUCAUGGACAUACUUCCUGGAGAUGAACUUUCACAGGCUGAUGCAGAUAAUUUAUCUGUUUCUUCACCUUUUACGAGAAAUAGCCAUUUAUCUAACAGUUUUAAGUCAAUGCAACCAGCUCCUCUCUUCAGGACAGGGUUGGAGAGCCCUCUAUUAUUAGGAUCUGCCGAAGACAACGGCAGAAGUCAGUCAAAUAGCCAUAAUAGGAGGAUUGGCAAUACCAACAUGGGAAGAGUUCAAGGAAAUGCUUUGAGAGGUGUACCAAAUUGGCCUUCCCCUUUGGUAAAUGGUUUCAUGCCUUUUCCUCACGGUCCACCUUUUCAUUCAGUGAUGCAGCAGUUUCAUGGUCCACCAAUCUUUGGCAGUAGAUCAUCUAUGGAGUUAAACCAUCCCUCUCCUUACCAUAUGCCUGAUGCUGACAGGUUUUCUGGCCCUGGGCGUCCUUUGGGAUGGCACAAUCCGGUGGAUGAUUCAUGCCCUCCUCCACUGUAUGGUUGGGAUUCAAGCAGUGCUGUCUAUGGUGAGGAUUCUCAAAUUUAUGGAAGGCCAGAUUGGGACCAUUCUAGGAACCUGCCCUGUAGUAGAGGCUGGGAGACCAGAGGAGAUUUGUGGAAUGGACCAUAUAAAUCUGCAAGCAUUGAUAUGCCGUCUUCUGAUAAAGAGAAUGGCUUCUCUCAAAUUGCAGAUGAACCUUUGGUUGAUCAGACAAUUCAACAAGCUAAAAGCGAGUUAACUGGACCUGAUAAGCAUGCUGAGAGCACUGACAUUAGUCAAUCAAGAGAUGGUUUGGGAAGGAAUUCUGCUGAAGCUUCCUAUAUUAAUCAAGAGGAACCUAGUGAUAUUGCUAAAAUGUCAAGAAACGACAAUUCCUAUCUUUGCCAUGUCUACUUUUCCAAGCUUGACAUAUCUGCUGAUCUUACUGAAUCCAAGUUGUUUAAUAAGUGCACUGGCUUCCUUGAUAUAGAUCAGAGCAUUAUUUCUGAUGUGCAUGAUUCUGAACUUUUUUUUAUGGAGGAAGCUGUAGAAGCCACAGCAGCAUCUCCUUCUAAAAUUAACAACUUUUCACUGUUUUCUGCCACGAGUGAUUCUAUUUUCCAGAAAGCGUUGUCCUUAUAUAAGAGGCAGAAGGAAGACUUUGGAGGGAGUGCAAAUAUGGAGUCAAUUCUGAAAUCUAAUGAGGAACUGAAUGCAGAGGACAACAAUACCGAGAGAUCUCCAUCUGGUGGCAUGCAAGAAGUAGGGAAUGCUCUUCCUAACUCUAAUGGGGAGGUAGAGAUUUCAAAUAGUCUUCAAGUGGAAGAGAACACCAAAAACUCCCAUCUGAAGCUCAAUCUACCAGUUGCAAGUGUGGUGGACAAAUCAGAGCCAGUUUCUGCCUCCAACCAUGUCACCAACGAAGUGGAUUUGGUAUUGAACCAGGUGCCACAGGAGCGUAUUCUUGAGAACCCUUUGUCCAGCGAAUGUGUAGAAAAAUUUGAUGGCAGUUUAUCUGCAGGGGUUGGAGAAGUGCAUAUGGAAUUUGCCAGUAACAAUGAGGAACAGAGUGUGUUUGAUACUAAUUGUGGUCCUGUGCGUAAUUCUGAUGUGUCUUUUGAGUCACACGAGGCAAUGAUGCCAGAGUUAAUUGAGUCUGCACCAGUAAAUUUGAGUCGGAUACAUCAUUCCCCUGAAAGUACACAUUGA